CAUAUUUCCUUCGCCCCCUCAUCCUAACCUUCACUUCUCUACUCCCCCGAAUACGGGAAACCGCAUGCACGCGUACAAUUCCCCGGAGAGAUCAAGCUGGCAAGCCUCGGAGGGGAAUCGAUGGAGCCGAUCGGCGACCCACGGGAGGGUCCGUCGACGGAGCGCGCGUUCGAGGAGCAGCCGAUCCUGCCGUGGACGGAGCAGGUGACGGUGCGCGCCGUGCUGGCGAGCCUGGCGCUGGGCGCCGCAUUCAGCGGCGUGAUGAUGAACCUCGUCUUCACCUCCGGGAUCAUCCCCACGCUCAACAUCUCCGCGGGCCUCAUGGGCUUCUUCCUCCUCAAGGGCUGGACGCGCCUCCUCGACCAGCUCGGCGUCCCCUGCAGCCCAUUCACCCGCCACGAGAACGCCAUCGUCCAGACCUGCGUCGUCGCCUGCGCCAGCAUGACCUACAGCGGGGGGUUCGGGUCGUAUUUGCUGGCCAUGGACCGGAGGACGGCGGAGAAGCUCAACGCCGGCGAUGCCGGCGGCAGGAACGUCAGCGAGCCUACGCUCGGUCGGAUGAUUGCCUUCUUGUUCCUCGUCAGCUUCGUCGGCCUUCUGGCCAUUGUCCCCAUGAGGAAGACGAUGAUCAUCCGGCACCGGCUGACGUUUCCAAGCGGCUCGGCUACGGCUCACCUCAUCAACAGCUUCCAUACACCUCAAGGAGCCAUACAAGCAACGAAGCAAACGUCGAUGAUGAUCCAGUCGUUCAUGGGAAGCUUUUUCUUGUCCGUCUUCCAGUGGUUCUUCUCCGGGGGACCGCACUGCGGUAUGACCGCCUUCCCGUCAUUUGGGCUCGAAGCCUUCAACCGUGGUUUCUAUAUCAAUUUGAAUGGAACCUACGUCGGCGUGGGGAUGAUUAGUCCUUACCUGAUAAACGUCUCGAUGCUGGCCGGGGCCAUCAUCUCCUGGGGUUUCAUGUGGCCGUACAUCGAAAGCCACAAAGGAAGCUGGUACGCCGCCAAUCUCCCGGAAAGCAGUUUACGAGGCAUCAACGGGUACAAGGUGUUUGGCGCCAUAGGCAUGAUUCUUGGAGACGGCAUCUUCCAGCUGGUGGUGAUCUCGGUGAAGACGAUGAACACCAUGCGGCAGCACCAGUUGGAGGCGGCGGAGUCGAUGCGGUCCUUCUCGGCCAACAUCGACGCGCCGCCGCGGCCCGUGCUGAGCUUCGACGACCGGCGCCGGACGCAGGUGUUCCUGAGGGAGCACAUCCCGAGCACGCUGGCCGUCUGCGGCUACAUCAUCCUGGCGUGCGUGUCCACGCUGGCCAUCCCGCACAUCUACGGCCAGGUGCGCUACUACCACGUGGCCACGGCCUACGCCUUCGCGCCGCUCCUGGCCUUCUGCAACGCCUACGGCACGGGCGUCGCCGAGACCAACUUCUCGGCGCAGUACAACAAGCUGGUGAUCCUUCUCUUCGCGUCGUGGAUCGGCGUCAAGAACGGCGGCAUCGUGGGGAGCCUCGUCAUCUGCGGCAUCGUGUCGUCCAUCGUCUCCACCGCCUCCGACUUCAUGUCCGACUUCAAGACGGGUUACCUGACGCUCACCUCCCCCCGGGCCAUGUUCGUGAGCCAGGUCGUCGGCACGGCGAUCGGCUGCAUCGUCAACCCGGCCAUCUUCACCAUGUUCCACCAAUUCUACGAGGCCAACCCCAAGAAGGUCUACCUGGCGCCGCUGGCCAAGAUCUACCGCGCCAUCGCCGUGGUGGGCGUCGGCGACCUCGCGCUGCCCAGGCACUGCCUGGGCAUGAGCGUGUCCCUGUUCGUGGUGGCGCUGGUGGUGUGCGCGCUGCGGGAGGUGGCCACGCAGUGCAGGUGGCGCGCGCAGCACUACAUCCCCAGCGUCACCGGCAUGGCCAUCUCCUUCUUGCUGGUGCCGGCCGUGUCCAUCGACAUGUGCGUGGGGAGCCUCAUCCUGUUGAUGUGGACAAGGGCGGACAAGGACGGCGCGCAGGUGUUCGGCCCCGUGCUGGCGUCCGGGCUCAUCUGUGGGGACGGUCUCUUCUCCAUCCCCUACGCGCUGCUCGCCAGGUACGACGUCACGCCGCCCAUCUGCGUCAGGUUCGUGGGCCGCGACCAGAACGCCAAGCUGGAUGCUUACCUGCUCCAGAAAUCCACAUGAAGGCCUAUAUCCACACUUCUGUCUUCCUCUUUCAACACGCACGCCUGACCUGUAAAUUCUGUCAUCGUAAUGCCAUGAUUUAGUGAUAGCAUGUAAGUAAGCAAGUUGGACUUUUUUUUCUUUUAUUAUUGGUCGUUUCUUUCACCAAGAGUGACCGCGCGGCUACAUGUUAAUGCUAGGGAAUAUCAAAUGAUCAAGAUGUGAAGAGAAUCAAACCGUCAGAGCUUCUGUAAAUUAACGGAGAACCGUGAUGAUGUGGAGUUAUUUUCUGCU